AGCACAUUCGAUGUCUUGCUUGACAUCCCGGAGACUGUUCUGCCAUUCUAUCUGGUGGCGUCGCGCGGCUUUCUCGGCAACGAGUGAUGAGCACACACAGGGGCCUGAAGGUGGGGAAGCAGCGGAUGCUUGGAAACGAGAGGGAUUUUGAACGGCCGGGAAAGAAGCUACUGUCGCCAGUGUUCUUCUGUAAACACACUCUCCUUUGCCGGCAGUGGCUCUAGCUGUCUCGCACUAGACAACUAUGCGGGGCUGUCCGAUUUUUCCGCGGCGAGGCCCCGGGCUCAAUUCGAACCAUUUCACGAUUAUCAGAGCCCAUCUGACAUCGGGUAGAGCCCAUCUUGUAUGUAAUGUUGUUUUGGCGCACCUGAUCGGGAACCCCCAGGGCCUGCAUGAUCCCAGCCAGACUAUGUAGCCGGCCUCCGAGCUUGUUUCCCAUCCCUAAAACCUAAAUUGGAGUGUGCCGGUUUGACACCGAUCCAAACACGAAACCGCUAUGUAUACUUGAUGACUGGAGGCGGAAUGAUCACCAGCUCCUUGCAACCCAACCCCAUCAGCUCCAUUUGGUUCCGUGCGGCGGCGGCAGUAACGGCAACUCCAGCACCACUCAUAAAGCAACUCGAGCAGAACCCUAGCGUCCCUCACAGCUCCUCCUCCCUCCCCUCCCCGCAUCCAUGCAAGGCCCGACCUGCACAAAUCUGCGCAUCAGAUCGCCCGCCGACGUGCGCAUCAUCUUCCAUGCCGUCCUGCUCGACAUUCUGCCCAUGGUCACCCGGAGACUCGACAGCGAGGAGCGAGGGCUUAUCGUUCCCGGGUCUGUUUACGUAUGGGAAGAGCGGGGCACGACUUCCGAGAUUACGGGCGUCGGGAUCGAGCGGUGGACAGAUGGAAUACGAUGGGGGCCGUCGCGAGUACGGGAGGGCUUUCUAUUCUAUCACGAGAAGCCUACGACACACUACGUUUUCCCUGGUGGCAUGUACCCCUCUCAUCGCCAGCACAACACCAGCAGCCUACUCUGCAAGCAGACGUUCACAGCAUUCGUCGAGACUCCCCGGGGGCAGAGAAAAUGGCAUCUAAUCGCUUAUUUCACAGAAGAUUCGAUCGAACGUCUGCAUUGCAUAGACGACUAUCCGACCUUGGCGUGUAAGUCCCGCCCUCCCCUUGGUCCGGUUCUCGAGUUCAUUAUCGCUCUCAAGCGCUACACGUGCCGCACGGAAAAUACAAGAGCGCACGGUCUGUCAAGGGGCGGCCAGACCACAUAUUCAAUCCGGACGACUCGAGUCCAGAGACGACAGUCAGCACGCUCCACCUGCGAAUGUCGACGCCGAAAAUCCACAACUCUAAUCCCCCACCAAUACCAUCGCCCCGGUAUAUGCCGCGGUCGCUAACCUGGAACGGCACAGAUCCUUCCACUGAGCAGCUUAGGCGGCGAGGAUCUGACGCGGUCACUCCUCACAAAUCACAUUUCCGCCAUCUGAGUCUUCCUGAACCGGCGCCAGAUCCCGGGGUUCUCGCGCCGUUGGAGUAUCUGGAGAACAUGACACCUCCACGGCGACACCCGAUGGACGAGACGGCCCUGAAGCUGUUCAAGGCGGGUCCGUGACCUGACGUCAGCGGAGCACGGUGCGCCCGGGCGGCGGGCGAUGUACUUUUGACAGGCUCAUGUUUAGUUCUUGUCUGUAAAAUUCCCUCUUGACAACGCACGCAUGUAAUUAAACGCCAGAUAGCCUGCGUCCGACUUUCAGGAACACUGCCUGGCUCGUCUGCCAUCUGGGGGCAGGUGGCGUUUGGCUCUGCGGCACAGGCGAUCUGCUUCCGCCAUUUCCGCCGGGCGCGCAGACGUCUAUUAGAGUUCUGGACUUUUGUCGGGACCUGGACCGGUCGGGCGACAGAAUAUUCGGUGCGACGAGAAUUGACGCAUGGCGCAUGCGGGCGUCGUGCGUCGGCAGCAAUGUUAAAGCGUCGCAGACACCUUCGUCCCUUAUGAUAGGAUUAUCGACCCUCCCCGCGAUGCCCAACAUGCGUUGCCUUUUAAAAUUGUGAAUCCUGCCUAAAGCUUCACGAGAAAUGCUGAUUAUCGGCCUUCUUAUCAGUGAGCUCAGCCAGCGUCUUGUCUGGAAACAUGUGCUGGCCCUCGAUUAGACUCAUAUAGUAAGGCCUCCCUCCCCCGGCCAAGCGAUGCAGCCCGGAGGUAAUCGGCAAGAUUACUGAUUCAUAUCCGUCUUACACUCUCAGUCCCUGCUCUGGGUCUCCAAUGAUACUUGGUGCCUACCAGUUAUGUAGCGCCUCUCCGCCGGCGGCGAAUUUCCACGCGUUAGACAGCCAGCAUUAGCCUGUAAGAUCAUCUGCACUGCUCGACACGUAAAAAGCACCGACAUUAUCAAAAUCAGGAAACCCCACAAUCAUUCAUUCAUCCAAAAUUGCUCGUGCUAUGUAGACGACUAGCAGGUACUCGUGCUCCGCAACGAUCCUUAUAGAGCGCUACGGCUAUCUUGAGUACGUAUCUU